CUCCUUCGCGCUUGGACGCGGGCCCCGGAAGUGGAGAGGGCGGGGUCUGCGCUGAGGGGCAAAAUCCGCUGCGUAGCAAAGAUGCUGCUGGACUUGUCGGAGGAGCAUAAGGAGCACCUGGCCUUCCUGCCGCAAGUGGACUGCGCGGUGGUCGCCGAGUUUGGGCGGAUUGCGGUGGAGUUCCUGAGGCGAGGCUCGAACCCCAAGAUCUACGAUGGCGCAGCUAGAAAACUCAAUGUGAGUAGUGACACUGUCCAGCAUGGUGUGGAAGGAUUAACAUACCUCCUCACUGAAAGCUCAAAGCUAAUGAUUUCUGAACUGGAUUUUCAAGACUCUGUUUUUGUUCUGGGAUUCUCUGAAGAAUUGAAUAAAUUGUUGCUUCAGCUUUAUCUGGACAACAGAAAGGAGAUCAGAACUAUUCUGAGUGAAUUGGCUCCAGACCUUCCCAGUUACCACAGCCUUGAAUGGCGACUAGAUGUACAGCUUGCAAGCAGAAGCCUCAGGCAACAGAUAAAACCAUCAGUGACUCUAAAGCUACACCUUAAGCAGAAUGAAGAUCAUAACACCAAAGUUCUGCAGACAGACCCAGCUACCCUGCUCCAUUUGAUUCAGCAAUUGGAACAAGCAUUGGAGGAGAUGAAAACAAACCACUGUAGGAGAGUUGUGCGUAACAUCAAGUAGUCCCAGUUUUAAGAGAAAAAGUAUAAGAUAUGUUUUUCUGGAGUCCUAUAAGAAGACGUGAGAUAAAACGGAUCAGAGGUUGUAUUCAAAGGCUGCAAAUUUUCCAGAAACAAUGAAAGACACAAUUAAAAAAUUCAAGAAGCCAGCUGGAUCUCAAGUAAGAUAAAUAGAAAGAAAUACAUAUACAAAUCACAAUGAUAUUAUGGACUCCAAUGGCAAAGAGAAACAUUUUCAGGUAGCUAGAAAAAAUAAGAUAACUUUCAAAAGCAUGAUAGUUAGACUGACAGUUGAUUUAUCAAUAGCAACAAUGCAGGCCAGAAGAAAAUAUACUGCCAAUAUAGAAUUUUAUACCCAGUAAAAAUAUCCUUUGAGAAUAAAGAUGAAAUGAAGACCUUUUUUAAUCAACAAAAACUGAGAGAGUUUUUCAUCAGCAAAACUGCAUUAAAGGAAAUAUUGUGAAUGAAAUGCAGGCAGAAGGAAAAUGAUCCCAGCUGGAAGGUCAGAGAUGCGUGAAGGAAUGAAAAGAAAGUGAGAAAUACGAAUGUAAACCUAAAUGAACAUUGGCCAUAUUAAACAACAAUAAUAAUGUCUAUGAAGUUUAAAUAUAGAGAAAUAAUGGGUAAGAGGGAGUAAAUGGAGUUAAAGUGUUCUAAGUUUUUUGCAAUGACCAGGAGGAAGGUAUAGUUAUUAGACUAUAUUAAAUGAAGGAUGUAUAUUGUAAUAUCUAGGGUAACAACAAAAAGCAUAGGAAGACUGUAAAGAGAAAAAAUUGAAUGUUUAAAAAAAUAACCAAUCAAAAAGAACACACAAUACUGAAUAUAUUUUCAAGCCUACAUUUCAAGGAAAAGUUUUAGAACCUUUACAUUUUCUAGGAUGGCAACUUUUGUAUUUCUAAUUCAUAUGCACUAUUAGUCAAGGCUAGAAUUAUAAUCAUCUCAACUGGGGAAGUUAAGACUUUUCAGUUAGGCUUAAAAGAGCUUAUUUGGAUGUACAAAUGGAAAACUAGAAAAAAUAUAAAUCUUCUUAAUUUUUAAUGGAUUAUCUCCCCAGUUGCUUAUAAUUCUGCUUAUCUGGUAAUUGCACCUUUUACCCCAUCCACACAGUGACAGUGUAAGCAAUCUUGUUUUCAUGCUAGGACUUUUUUUCAAUAGUUAAUUGGUCCUCCCUUUUGCAAUGACAUGGAUGGACCUAGAGAGCAUUGUGCUGAGUAAAGUAGGCCAGACAGAGAAAGACAGAUACUGCGGGGUAUCACUUAUAUGUGGAAUCUAAAAAACAAAACAAAACAAAAAACCCAACAACAAAAAAUUCAAACCUCAUAGAAACAGAGAGUAA